AUGGCUCCACGGUCCCGGCGACGAAGGCACAGGAAACCUCCCUCAUCAGUGGCUCCCAUCAUUAUGACCCCAACCACAAUUGUGACCCCUAUGCCUCUGACCCCCUCAAAACCGGGCCCUAGCAUUGACACACUUGGCUUCUUCUCCUUGGAUGAUAAUGUUCCUGGCCUAUCGCAGCUGAUCCUUCAAAAGCUGAACAUGAAAAGCUAUGAAGAAUACAAGUUGGUGGUAGAUGGGGGUACCCCUGUAUCAGGCUUUGGAUUUCGAUGUCCUCAAGAAAUGUUCCAGAGGAUGGAAGACACAUUUCGAUUCUGUGCUCACUGUAGAGUACUCCCUAGUGGCCUUUCAGACUCCAAGGUUCUCCGGCACUGUAAGAGGUGCAGAAAUGUCUAUUACUGUGGUCCGGAGUGCCAGAGGUCAGACUGGCCUGCACACAGGAGGGUUUGUCAAGAGCUUCGUCUUGUGGCCGUGGACCGUCUCAUGGAAUGGCUUCUGGUCACAGGUGAUUUUGUCCUACCCUCAGGACCUUGGCCAUGGCCCCCUGAAGCUGUACAGGACUGGGACUCCUGGUUUUCUAUGAAGGGGUUACACCUAGAUGCUACACUGGAUGCUGUGCUAGUCAGUCAUGCCAUGACCACUUUAUGGGCCAGUGUAGGACGGCCAAGGCCAGACCCAGAUGUCCUGCAGGGAUCUUUGAAGCGACUGCUGACAGAUGUCCUGUCACGGCCCUUGACUCUGGGCCUAGGACUUAGGGCCUUGGAGAUAGAUGUUAGGAGGAUUGGGGGAAGCACAGUGCAUGUGGUUGGUGCUUCCCAUGUGGAGACAUUUCUUACUCGCCCUGGGGACUAUGAUGAACUUGGCCACAUGUUUCCUGGGCACCUUGGACUCCGUGUGGUCAUGGUGGGUGUAGACGUGGCUAAUGGCUUUUCACAGAGCACCUCAACUUCACCCCUGGAACCUGGCACAAUUCAGCUUAGUGCCCACAGGGGCCUCUAUCAUGACUUCUGGGAGGAGCAAGUAGAGACUGGGCAGACAGACCAUCCAGAUUUGGUGGCAGCAUUCCAUCCAGGUUUCCAUUCCUCCCCAGACUUGAUGGAGGCUUGGCUGCCCACCCUGCUGCUACUUCGUGACUAUAAGAUUCCUACAUUGAUUACUGUUUACAGUCAUCAGGAGUUGGUAUCCUCUUUGCAGAUUCUGGUGGAACUGGAUACACACAUCACUGCCUAUGGGGCUAAUCCUUUCAUGUCCCUCAAACCUGAACAGGUCUAUUCCAACCCCAACAAGCAGCCAGUAUACUGCAGUGCAUAUUAUAUCAUGUUUCUUGGAAGCUCCUGUCAACUGGAUAAUAGUCAAUUAGAAGAGAAAGUGGAUGGUGGGAUUUAAAUAGAUCAUGACUGGACAUCUGGAAAAUGGGGAGGUUGUGAUGAAAUUACCCCGCUAAUGCCAAAUUCUUGCAAACUUAGAAAAACACUAUAUUCUAAACCUUAUUCACUGUUUGGGUAAAAAUUCUAAGCUUAAUGAGAGUUUUUGUAUAACGUAAUUAGUUUCUUUCUUUUUUUGAGAUGGAGUCUUGCUCUGUUGCCUAGGCUAGAGUGCAGUGGUGCGAUCUCGGCUCACUGCAGCCUCCACCUCCUGGGUUCAAGCGGUUCUCCUGCCUCAGCCUCCCUAGUAGCUGGGAUUACAGGUGCGCACCACCACACCUGGCUAAUUUUUGUAUUUUCAGUACAGACAGAGUUUCGCCGUGUUGACCAGGCUCGUAUCAAACCCUUGACCUCAGGUGAUCUGCCUGCCUUGACCUCCCAAAGUUCUGGAAUUACAGGCAUGAGCCACCAUGCCCAGCCAAUGUAACUGGUUUCUAAGAGUUUAGCCACAGUACCUUUUAGAGAUAGGAAAUUAGAUUGAGUGGGUGGGAAGAGGCCCUGAUGUUAGUCUUUCCAGAGCUUAUAGUUCCUAACACUUUCCUCUGUAAGGAAGUUUACCUUUUGACUGGAACCAGAUGGCACUGAGGAGAAGAAUGAGAACCACCUUAUUCUUCUGAAAAAGACUUUCUUCUCAUCCAGUAAUUUGGGCUAAAAAAUGGAAAGAUGUUGAUGACUUGAAGUGGUACAAGAAUGGACAAGUCAGGAAAGUCACUGGGAACAUGGAUGAGGUUGUAAGCAUUGGUAUACUGUCCUGUUUCCUGGCUUUUUUGAGAGAAAUGUCUAAUUUUCCUGUUUUCUCUUGGGGACUUUUGACCCUAGAGUAGCCCUGGUGUUGUAUUUGAGAUAUCCCAAGCUAUAUCAGACUUUACCUGAAUAUACUGGAGUUACUUUUUAUCCCCCAUUCUAUAGCCCAAUAAACUCAGUUUGGGGCUUCU